GUGACGUGUACAGUGUAAAGGGAUUACGAUUGUGUAAUGAAGAUAGGCAGAACGUCCGUAUGUAAACUUUUUGGAUGCGUACCUGGCUGGUUGUGUGUGGUGUAGGGCAUGUUGUUCUCGUUGACCUGAAGACUCGUAUUUUCAAAGAAUAUUUUGUGGGAAUCAAAGUGGGCAGGGUUAAAGCUCGCAGGAGGGGGUAGAGAAGUCGGUCAACGUAAACUUCCCAAUUCACCACACACCAAACCGUCCCGAGGCAGACUGGAGCGAAGGCGGACUGAUUGUCACUGUGAACUCUCUCGCUGUGUGAAGUGGGCUGAUCAUCAAAAUGGCUGGCGUAAUGCAAUGGCUAUCGGUUGCGUCUCGCCGAUCACUUGUGUUGUCGAGAACCGCUGAGUGGAAUGCAAGUGGGACUUUGAAGACUGUGCCGUUAUUAACAAGAGGUGCCCAUGUUGAAACUUCCAGUGCCAGAAUUGAAAAACUGGUUCCAAAUGAGUACGAUGGACCUCUAGUUAAAACUGAAGUGCCUGGCCCCAAAACUAAGGAACUUAUAAAAGAGUUGGAUGCAGUGAACAAGAAUGCUGCCACUGUGCAGUCCUUUGUUGAUUAUGAUAAAUGCCUUGGGAACUACAUGGUCGACGUAGACGGCAACCGAUUAUUGGACACAUUUGCUCAGAUUUCAUCCAUUCCAAUCGGUUACAACCAUCCAGCUAUUAUUGAUGUUAUGAAAGAUCCUGCAAAUCUGAGUCUGUUGGUGAAUCGACCAGCACUUGGAGUCUUCCCGAGUGGUUCAUUUCCAAGCACUCUUGCAAACGUCUUACUGUCGGUGGCACCUAAGGGGUUGAGUCGUGUUCAGACCAUGAUGUGUGGAACCUGCUCUAAUGAGAACGCAGUCAAGCAGGCCUUGAUGUGGUACAGGGGUAAAAAAAGAGGAGGUCCACCUACUCAAGAAGAAUUGGAAUCUUGUGUUAUUGGUAAGGAGCCUGGAUGUCCUCCCUACACGGUAUUGUCUUUUAAGGGAUCUUUUCAUGGAAGGACUCUUGGCUGUCUGACACUGACCCACUCCAAGCCAAUCUUCCGUCUUGACAUCCCCUCCAUGGACUGGCCCUACGCCUCCUUCCCAAGGAUGAAGUAUCCCCUCGAGGAUUUUGAAGCUGAGAAUAGAGCCGAGGAAGACAGAUGUCUUAAGGAGGUGGUAGAGCAGAUGGAGAAGGGAUUAGCCACCGGCCGGGAUGUAGCUGCCAUGAUCAUCGAGCCUAUCCAGGCUGAAGGAGGUGACAAUCACGCAAGCCCCUAUUUCUUCCAUCAGCUACAGAAGAUAUGCAAACAGUUUGGAUCUGUCUUCAUCGUUGACGAGGUACAGACGGGUUGUUGCACCACUGGACAUUUCUGGGCAUAUGAAUCGUGGAACCUCCCCGAGGCUCCAGACAUGGUGGUAUUCAGUAAGAAGAUGCAGGCUGGAGGGUACUACUUCAAGGAUGAGUUCGCUGUGGACGGGCCCAGCAGAGUGUUCAAUACCUGGAUGGGAGACCCACCCAAGUUGAUGCUGCUAGGAGCAGUCCUUGACAUCAUCAAGAGAGAUAAUCUGAUCACAGUAGCCAGAGAGUCUGGACAGGUCCUUCUAGAUGGACUCAAGAGUCUUCAGGACAAGUAUCCAGAUCUGUUAUCCAGGGCCCGUGGAAUGGGAACAUUUGCUGCCAUUGACUGCAAGGACCCCGAUACCAUGGGAAAAGUCUCUCGUAUUGUGAAGAACAAAGGUGUUUUUAUGGGAACAUGCGGCACACAGUCCAUUCGCUUCAGACCAUCAUUGGUGUUUCAGCCUCAUCAUGUGGACAUCGCAUUGGAUGCACUGGACAGCACAUUGGCUGAUAUUUCAGUUCAAUAACUCGAUCAUUCCGCCAACGAGUGUCUACCUUGACCCAAAGGAGAAGGUAUCAACAUCUGCCAAAUCUAGUAUUUUGGACCACCAAAGGGCGCUCUCAAACAUAUUUGUAUCACUUCUAGGGGUUUAUUCAUUCAUAUAUGCCAAAACAGUUAUUGAAGACUGGAACACAUUACCACCACAGAUAUCGAAUGCACCACGGAUAAUAAGACCUCUAAAGCAACUACUAUAAAGCAAGGACAGAACGCUAAUUGAGCUGUGCAGGAAGAAUCGGCUAUAUACCCCGGAAGUGAUAAAAAUACUAUAAGAGUGCCCUCAUGCGGUCGACAAGUAUGGCACAUUACAUUGAGGAUGUGGGAUAAAAACUGUACACCGCGUCCAGCAGAUACAAAUUACGCAAGAAACUCAGGUGGGAUUCAAACCCAAGACCAAAAGUUUGUUUGA